AUGAAGCUCAAGAGUGUUACAUGUUUAAUUCUUUCUUUAAUUUUCCUACAUUUGGGUGUGGAAUGUGUUCUUGGGGAUGGAUCUGUGGUCGAUCCUGCGAGGUAUAGGGGCGAUGAUUGUAGGUGGGGCCGCAGGUGUGGUGGACGUGGCCGGUUUGGACGUGGUGGCGGUCUAGGGGGCGGAGGUGGUGGAGGUUUCGGAGGAGGUGGAGGUAGAGGGGGUGGUGGCGGUAUUGGCGGCGGUGCAGGACACGGUGGAGGUUUUGGAGCCGGAGGUGGAGUUGGUGGCGGAGCGGGAGGAGGAAUUGGUGGUGGAGGUGGAGCUGGAGGCGGCGGCGGAGGAGGUAUUGGUGGUGGUUCAGGUCAUGGUGGAGGAGUUGGUGGCGGAGCUGGUGGGGGAAUUGGUGGUGGAGGUGGAGCUGGUGGCGGUGGAGGUGGGGGUAUUGGAGGAGGUUCCGGCCAUGGUGGUGGGUUUGGAGCUGGAGGAGGAGUUGGUGACGGAGCCGGUGGAGGAUUAGGUGGUGGAGGCGGAGCUGGAAUCGGGGGUGGGGGCGGAGCUGGUGGGGGAAUUGGUGGUGGAGGUGGAGCUGGUGGCGGUGGAGGAGGAGGUAUCGGUGGUGGCUCAGGUCACGGCGGAGGAUUUGGAGCUGGGGGAGGAGUAGGUGGUGGAGCCGGUGGAGGAGUCGGUGGUGGAGGUGGAGCUGGUGGCGGUGGAGGCGGUGGUGUUGGUGGAGGAUCCGGACACGGUGGAGGAUUUGGAGCUGGAGGAGGAGUUGGUGGUGGCGGAGGACCUGGCGGAGGAGGUGGAGGAGGUGGAGGCGGUGGUGGUGGUGGAGGGGGUGGUGCUGGUGGUGGAUCAGGUCACGGUGGUGGUUUUGGAGCUGGAGGAGGAGUUGGAGGUGGAGCCGGAGGAGGUGUUGGGGGAGGCGGUGGAUUUGGUGGUGGUGGAGGAGGCGGUGUGGGUGGUGGAUGUGGACAUGGUGGUGGAUUUGGUGCUGGAGGGGGCGUUGGACACGGUGGUGGUGCUGGUGGUGGCGCGGGUGGAGGUCAUGGGAUAGGACACGGUGGAGGAGGAGGCUUUGGGAUUGGAAUAGGAAUAGGUGUUGGGGUUGGUGGAGGCUCCGGCAAAGGUUCUGGAAGUGGAAGUGGUGGUGGUGGCCACCGUUAA